GAGUUCUGUGGGUGGGGCAACUUCUCUUAGUUGUUAGAGCAGCUCGUCAGAUAUGUUUACAAACAAGACGAAAUCUUGGUUGCAAAUUUCAAGAAAUCGUUCCAGUCAAAUCGACCUUCCCCAAAUAAACCCAUUGUUUUUUCACCUACUGUGAAUGCGAGGAAGAUGCGCAGAAGCAGAAUGUUAUAAUCUACAGCCAUCUUUCUUUAAACAGUAGACAACACCCAGAAGAUCCCUCAUAAAAACCAGAGAUUGGAGACGAAAGGGAUACUCAUACACUCACCGGAGAAAUUUUAAAACCCCCAUUUCGUUCUCCGUUUCUUUCGUUAAGAUGGCAUUGAUAGGAAACUCAUUCAAGUUGCACCAGAACAAUUCCCUUUCGGGGAUUUCAAGAAUGACGCAGUCACAAUCGUUGAGAGUAUCAAUUCAUCUUCCGAAGGUAGUAGCGAUGAUGAACUCGAACACCCGACUGGAAAGAAACGUCAGCGUUUCAGUGGAGAGCGUUGUAAACGAGUUGAAUGCUCCGACGGCCGUCGAAGUCGUCGACCCUACAUCGAAACAACAUCCCACCGCCGUUGGCGGUGGCGUUGAGGACGCGUACGGCGAGGAUACAGCUACAGAUGAGCAAUUCGACACCCCUUGGUCUGUUUCCGUUGCCAGUGGGUAUUCAUUGCUGCGAAACCCACGUCACAACAAAGGUUUAGCAUUCAGUGAGAAAGAAAGGGAUGCUCAUUACAUACGUGGGCUACUUCCUCCAGUUGUUGUUAAUCAAGAUCUUCAAGUUAAAAAGAUGAUGGCUAACAUUCGACAAUAUGUAGUACCUUUGCAUAAAUACCAAGCCAUGAUGGAUCUUCAGGAGAAAAAUGAAACGUUGUUCUAUAAGCUACUAAUCGAAAAUGUUGAGGAGCUUCUCCCAAUUGUCUACACUCCAACAGUUGGUGAAGCAUGCCAAAAGUACGGAAGUAUCUUCAAGCGCCCACAGGGUCUAUUUAUUAGUUUAAAAGACAAGGGAAAGAUUCACGAAAUACUAAAGAAUUGGCCUGAAAAAGAUAUUCAAGUGAUUGUAGUGACGGAUGGAGAGAGAAUAUUGGGAUUAGGAGACCUCGGUUGCCAAGGUAUGGGAAUACCCGUUGGGAAGCUAUCUCUUUAUACUGCUCUUGGAGGAAUUCGUCCUUCACUUUGUUUGCCUAUAACCAUAGAUGUGGGCACAAACAAUGAGAAGUUGUUGAACGAUGAAUUCUACAUUGGUUUGAGGCAAAAAAGAGCAAAAGGGCAGGAAUAUGCUGAACUUAUGAAUGAGUUUAUGUCUGCUGUGAAGCAAAGAUAUGGUGAGAAAGUUCUUGUUCAGUUUGAGGAUUUUGCUAAUCACAAUGCAUUUGAUCUUCUUGCAAAAUACAGUUCCACACACCUUGUUUUCAAUGAUGAUAUACAGGGGACAGCAUCAGUGGUUCUUUCAGGGCUUAUUUCUGCAUUAAAAUUAGUUGGUGGAUCUUUGGCUGACCAUAAAUUUCUAUUCCUUGGAGCUGGAGAGGCUGGCACAGGCAUUGCUGAACUCAUAGCACUUGAGAUAUCAAAACAGACAAAAGUUCCAUUGGAAGAGACUCGAAAGAAGGUUUGGCUUGUUGACUCAAAGGGGCUAAUUAUUAAAUCCCGGUUGGAUUCACUUCAACAUUUCAAGAAACCGUGGGCCCAUGAACAUGAACCUGUAAAAGAACUUCUUGAUGCUGUCAAGACGAUCAGGCCAACUGUGUUGAUUGGAUCUUCAGGGGCAGGACAGACAUUUACUAAAGAAGUUAUUGAAGCUAUGUCGUCUCUUAAUAAGAAACCUGUUAUUCUUGCUCUUUCCAAUCCAACUUCACAAUCUGAAUGUACUGCUGAACAAGCUUAUAACUGGAGCCAGGGUCGUGCAAUAUUUGCAAGUGGGAGUCCUUUUGCUCCUGUUGAGUAUAAUGGAAAAAUCUAUGUAUCCGGACAGUCGAAUAAUGCAUAUAUUUUCCCUGGAUUGGGUCUGGGGUUGAUAAUGUCUGGGGCGAUUCAUGUUCAUGAUGAUAUGCUUUUGGCAGCUUCUGAAGCUUUGGCUGAGCAAGUUACACAAGAGCAUUUAGACAAUGGACUAAUUUACCCUCCGUUUACUAAUAUACGCAAGAUUUCUGCUCAUAUUGCUGCUAAAGUUGCAACCAAAGCAUAUGAACUUGGCUUGGCAAGUCGGCUUCCUCAACCAGAAAACUUGGUAGCUUAUGCCGAGAGUUGCAUGUAUAGCCCUAGCUAUCGAAAUUAUUGUUAGGUUUUUUGAUAAAAGAAUGGUUGAUUCAGCUCCUUAUGUUGUUUUAGAUAGAGUAGUUUUGUAUGUUAAUUAUGUCAUCUUUUGAAACCUCUAUAUGCUUUUUAUAUUAUAUUAGACUGAACAGAAAA